AUGCAGCUAAUCUAUGUGAGGUAGGAUUUUAUUAUGACAAGAACCAGCAAAUAUGUUAAGUGUGUAGAUGAAAAAUUUUACAAAGAUCUAAGUUCUAUGAAGUGCGUUGAAAAAUGUUUAAACUCUACUAUACCAAUGACAAUAAAAAACAAAUACUUCAAAGCUUCGAUAUUUAAAUACUGCAGAGAUCCAGUGUAUUAUAUUGAUUCAAAGAUGGAUUCUUUAAUCGAGUUAGGGACAAGGGAUUACCCAUUUAAGUCGUUUGAUGACCCAUUUCGAGAAUUAGUAAAUAACGCAGAUUUAAGCUCCCGUUUAAAUGUGGCUGUUUAUCUUAAGAAGAAUUCUACCUUAACCAUAUUCUAUAAAGAGCAUCCAGUUUUCCUUAUUAACCUUAAUGAUGAUUUCAACGCUUAAACUCUAAAUCAUGAUUAGAACUAUCCUAUUAUUAUUUGCCAUGAAAUGCCUUAUUUUAGACCAAAAUUUAGCUUUAAUCCUACUUUAAAUGAAGAUGGCUCUAUGAGAGAUUAUCAUUUAACACCUUUGAUUGAGAAGAAUUAACUAGAUACUAGUAUUUUGGCUGAGAUGAAAAUAUUCAGAAAUAAAAUCUAGAAAUAACCCAUACCCAAUGUUUACUACAUUACAAAGAUGGAAUGUUAAGUUUACUAACAAUAAGAUGAUUGA